AUGGACACACUGGAGGGUUUAACGGAUUGUGGUGACGUCUCUCCUCCCGCGUCGCCUGUUCCGCCCGGGCGCGACGAGCGCCGCCCGGACCCUCCGGUACCCUUCUCUGAGGUGGAAACGGUGGCUACCGGAUGGAUGCUGGAUUUCGCCUGCCGCUGCUUGUGCCGCCAUUUCUGCGAGGGCAACCGUCAGGACUUCGAGAGGAGCCGCGACUUGUCGUUGACUAUUAUCAAAGGGUUGCGCAGAACAGAAGCUCGGCAAGUGAAAACAAUAUGCAUUUGUCAGCUAGUGGUGGGUGUUGCAGAGGGAAAAUCACUUGAUUCUCAUUUUGGGAGUGAUCAAACAAUUUCACCUCUGGAAAAUGCUCUGGCAGCUUGGACUUCACUUCAGAAAAUACAAAAGAAACAAGAUAAAUUACAUGAAGACAUCAAAUGCUUAAUUCAGAUUCAGGCUGUAGCUGUGCACAUGGAAAAAGGCUAUUUUAAGGAAGCUGCAGAAGUCGUAGAAAGAUUGUUUCCAGAAUCUCUCUCAAAUGAGCCUUUAGGAAUGAAGCUGGCUGCAAUAACAAAGCAAAAGGAUCCAUAUCACCAAUUUCUCCAGCAUUUCAGUUUCAGUCUUAUGACUGAGAAAAUAAAAUCUUACAUUAUCAUGUUCUUGAAUGAAGAAUCUAAUAAUUUUCUAAUUAAGACCUGCCCUUCCCUCUCCCAUACAGUUCCUGAAUGUUUUCUGUUCCUCAGAAUCAGUGUUUCUGAAGCUACAAAAGAGGCAGAAGCUAAAAAAUCUGGAAAAAAAGUAACAGACGCACAAUGUGACACUGAAAACGAAGCAGAUGGGGGAAAACUCUUGGAAAGCAUGCAGAGAUCACGUAAGCAGUCUUGUUCCUUAAGUGGCCGAGCAUUUUGGAAUUUGGAACAGAUGCAGUGUCCCCGUAGAACAAUGAUUACAAAACGGAAAACUCUCCAAAGUAAGAAACCUUUGCAGAAUAUUGAAAAUAUUCAGAAAGGUGAUAGCUCUCUGCCUGCUAGUCAGAAGAGACAGCGCUGGAGUUACGAAGACGACAAGAAACUGAAGGAUGGUAUACGGAAGUUUGGAGUAGGAAACUGGACUCAGAUUCUUCAGCAUUAUGACUUCAACAAUAGAACUAACGUAAUGCUCAAAGACAGGUGGAGGACUAUGGUUCGGUUAAACAUCGUUUAGUUGACUCUCCAACUUAACUGCCUAGUUU